AUGGCGUACUGCAAGGUUGUCCCAAGACCUCAGCGCGAUUUCAAGGGAGGUUUCCUCGCAAUGUUGCCCAAGCACGCUUUGCGUUUGCGGGGCGCGAAGCAGCCUUCGUCGCCUAAGAGCGGGCCUGCUCAGUCGCCUCGACUGUCCCCGAAGCCUUCUCCGAAGCUCUCCCCGCAGCGGUCGCCGAUCGCUGAGAACAGAUCAACAGGCAAAAGAGAAGCUGGUUCCAAAGCCGGGGAGGUAUGCCAUUACCGAGGCACCUUAUUGAAUGGCUCAGAGUUCGAUAGCUCGCACAAACGUGGCUCUCCGGCCACUUUCAAGCCUGCCAGCCUCGUUCCUGGCUUUCAAGAGGCUGGGGCCGAUGCAGUGGAAGCGACAGGAGGAAGUAGGCACCGCUCUCUGGACGAGGCUCUGCUGAUGUCCUGCUCUUAG